AUGUUAGGAAAGAGGAUGAACCAUAAUAGCAAAGGAAGACUAGCAAGCAAAGGCCAUGAUAAUGGUAAACCUUCAAGCCCAGGUAUUUCACCUUAUAACAAACCAGCUAAAAUACCAGGUGCUGUAUCUGCUGGGAAAACUAAAAUAGAGUUAUGUCCAAUCCCUUACAUAAAGAUACAAGACAAUGCUGUACAUCUACCUCGCUUCACAGCUAUCGCAGCAAGGUCUGCAGAUGAACCUAUCGGGAUGGACGAAUUGGAUUCUCUACAACUAGAGCUUGAGUCUCUUUUGGGUAAUACAGCUCUUCGUAUAAGAUAUUUCCAGUCUGAAAUUGAGAGUAUUGACACAAAUGAGUCCAAGAGGGAAAAGAAAGGUAAAGCUGCUGGCAAACAACUACAGUAUCCUGUGAAAAGAAAGUUUCCAGAUGAUAAAUUUGUGAAAACCAAUAGCACCAAGUUGUCGAACCAGCCUAAAGUGCCUAAGUUCAAAAACAUGUCCAAUGCCUCUUCAGGUGGAUCUCACAAUUACACUAAUGAUGUAGCUAAUUCAGACAAUUCAGUAAAACUGGAACUAUCACAAUUUGCACUGCCAAAGAAUAAUAUUCCAUAUAAAUUCUGGAGCUCGGUUGAUCCUUAUUGUGCUCCUGUUACAUUAGAUGAUAUAAAAUUUUUGGAGUCUUUGUUAGCUCAGAGCAGCAAUGCUACACUGCCACCAAUACCACCACUAGGCCGUCACUACUCUGAAGUAUGGGCUGAUGAACAUCUCGCUGAGGAUCAGAAUGCUUCCAAUCCAAACAAACAAAAAUCAUCAAUGUCUCCUGAAGCUUCUAAUAUUCGUAAGAAACUUGAAAAAUCAAAUGAAAAUUUGAUAACUGGUCCAUUGACUCAAAGAUUGGUAUCAGCACUUAUGGAAGAAAAUCUGAUGAACUAUGAAGUGCCUGACAUUAAAGUCAAACAGACAACAAACACUAAGAGUAGCUAUAAGAAUUCCCUAACAUUAGAAAAAUGUCUAAGAAAAGAGUUAGUAGAACAAGGUAUAUUGGAUCCUGAAGAUUUGCCACCUCUGACGAACCCUGCUGAUGACGAAAUACUGGCAGAAAUAAAAAAAUGCCAGACAGAACUGACUGCAGUAAAGAAAGACAAUUGUCGUAAUCUGAAACAUCUUAUUGGGCUAUGUAAACAAGAAAUGAUUAGACUGAAUCUGAAGAAACAACUUGAUCAAGUUGAUAUGGAGUGUAUUGAUAUUUAUAAGAAAAUGGUGGCUGCAAAGCAGAAGAAGAGACCUAUUACUAAGAAGGAAAAAGAGGAUGCUUGGAGAGCUAUAAAUGAACAGAUCAGGCUAAAUAAAGAAAUUAAUGCUUUGCCUUUAACAGGUCCAAAUUCAAGCUAA